AUGGAAGACAUGGACAUUGGCAUCGUCUGUGACGACGGUUCCCCGGGAUCAACAACAUCAAGGACAGCAACGCCUGCGCCCAAUGAGAAUGACUAUCUGAUAGUAAUUCCUUAUGCCCACAUAUUCGCCCUGAUGCUGAAAGCUCUGAAGUUACCCCCUGCAACUUACUAUCACAAGAUAUGCCCAGGCGGAAAGAAUCGUGUGACGGUUACUUUCAUUUCUUCUUUGGAAUUGCUCGAUGAUGCACUUGUUCCAAGUUCUCUGUCAGGUGCAAUCUUAGAUAGCUAUGAAGAUGCUGAAGACAGUGCUGCUACUGAAGCUAUUAGAUACAUGGAAAAUGCAUAUGGCAAAGAAACGAGGGACUACCACUACACUCAUGUCAAGAAGCUUGAAAAUCAAGUGACACACCUGGUCAAAUGGUUGGUUGCAUCAAAUAAAACAAUCAAGAAGCUGCGCAAAACAUGCUACUACGCUGUCAGGUAUAUGAGCUCAUAUUCUGCCCAAAUAGAAAACACAACGACUGCUCGGCAUUUGAAAGGGCGGGAUAGCACCAAGGGAGUUAUGAAAACAGCGCUGGCAAGCAUUGAAGGACUGACGCAGAGGCUACGCUACAUUGCUAUGAAGUUUGAGCAGCGCCUCGCAGCAACCAGAAAUAGUUUCUGGUGA